GGCGUCGUAUGGUAAUUUGAUGGCUAGGUACAUUUCGUUCAUCAGCUUUGGUUAACUAAGCUCAAGCAUUAUCUAGUGCUCAAGUUGUGUUCCACGCGCUCCUAGUGACAAAGAUGCAUCUCAAUCUAUGGGAAUCAGACAGGCGUUGUAACUCCCUUGAUGUUCGCCAUAAUAGAUCAAGUGCGGUGAACAAUUAAUCAAUAUUAUCAGCAGAUCCCUGCAUGUCUUCAUCGUUACAACGUCCCUUCAGCCCUGAAAUGCCAUUCUGUGACCGUCCAGGUACAUAGCAUGUCGGGUCUCUACACAAUACGGCAUAUUAGGGAAGCAUAGGAAACAGAACGAUUCCAAUUGGCCGACUACACUAUAAAAAUGGGUCGUCGCUUGCACGAAUACGUAUUAUUGCCCCCAGUCGUAUCGAGUGUCCAUUUGAUUAGGACCCCUUAGCCAUGUUCAACGCAGCCUUCUGUUGGCGAGUGAAGGAUGGGGCAGCGCCAAGACUCUUGUGUAUUUUAUCUCGGACGGGUGCUUUGGAGCCUCAAUUUGCUGUAACUUCGUUCUGGGUAAAUUCGCAGGAAUCACUCGCACUUACAUCAGUGAUCUUUGUUACUAGAUUUUCUACAGAUAUAGGAGACCUGCAAGGUAUCUUCUUGGCUCGCGCUUGUGCAAUUUGGGGACUUAGGAGGCGUGUGAUAGCGAUGUUUCUGAUCAGCGGGCUGCUAUACGUUGCUACUGGCCAUGUGGUGCUCUCAGUCAGUCGAUCCGCACCAAAGAUCAUCAAGUCUCCCAUCCGUAUCGCGAGCUGUUUUGAGACUGGCGAGGGCAGCACCAUCAUAAUCGUUUACGUGAUACUGGCUGUGGCGGAGAUACAGAUAUGGAUGUUCACGAUAUACAAGGCCGUGGCAAGCUACUGGCGAGAGGGGACCCAUAAUCGUCUGUUGGGACAACUGGUUCUCCACAAUAUGAUUUACGUGACCUGCGGACUCAUCAUACUAGCGACAGCGUUUGUCGAGGUCAGUAGCGCGAAAGAUGAAUAG